AUGUGUCAUACCAUAUUUAAAUCUAACAAGACAUGUCUAUCUAAACAAUACAGAUUACAUUUUAAACAUUCAAUUGGACUUCUCUUUAUCUUUUGUAAAUUGAGUAUUGUUUCAUGUGUCAUACCAUAUUUAAAUCUAACAAGACAUGUCUAUCUAAACAAUACAGAUUACAUUUUAAACAUUCAAUUGGACUUCUCUUUAUCUUAUGUAAAUUGA